CGGUUCUUUUUUUACCAACACGGUCGGUCUCUCUCUCUCUCUCUCUGGUGUGGUAACUUGAAGAAGCGAACACAACAGCCAUCUCGCUCUGCUGAUUCGACGAAGCAGUUGGCUUGUUUCGUAGGAAAAAGAAAAAGCCCUAGUUUUCAUUUAUUCAGAUCUGAAACUCUGCUAGGCUAGGUCGGGAAUGGCUUCUUCGGAAGCCGAUUCCCGUUUGAGUCUUGUAAUAACUCCAGCCCUAGAGAAGAUAAUCAAGAAUGGUUCGUGGAGGAAACACUCUAAACUAGUUCACCAAUGCAAAUAUGUAAUCGAGAAAUUAGCUUCUCCCGACAAGCUUCCUUCUACUCCCGACGAUGCUGAAUUGGAUAAAUCAGUUCCCGGUCCGUUGCACGACGGUGGCACUGUUGAAUUCUCUCUCGCGGAGUCCGAAUCGAUCCUCAGCCCUCUGAUUGCCGCUUGUGGAUCGGGAGUUCUUAAGAUUGCCGAUCCGGCUAUUGACUGCAUCCAGAAGCUGAUCGCUCAUGGCUACAUUCGCGGUGAAGCGGAUCCUUCUGGUGGGUCCGAAGCCAAGCUUCUCUCCCAGUUGAUGGAGUCUGUCUGUAAGUGUCAUGACUUGGGUGAUGAUGCUGUUGAGCUCGUGAUACUUAGGACGCUGCUCUCAGCUGUUACUUCGACCUCAUUGCGGAUCCACGGGGAUUGCUUACUGCAGAUCGUUAGGACUUGUUACGAUAUCUACUUAGGGAGCAAGAAUGUUGUUAACCAGACGACUGCCAAGGCUUCUUUGAUACAGAUGCUGGUGAUUGUGUUUCGGAGGAUGGAGGCCGAUUCAUCCACUGUUCCUGUUCAGCCGAUUGUGGUAGCAGAACUGAUGGAGCCCGUGGAAAAGUCCGAUACGGAUGCAAGCAUGACACAGUUUGUCCAGGGUUUCAUUACGAAGAUCAUGCAAGACAUUGAUGUGGUCUUGAAUCCUGUGACUCCAAGGAAGUCAUCGGCGGGUGCCCAUGAUGGUGCAUUUGAAACUACGACUGUUGAAACCACGAAUCCGGCAGAUUUGUUGGAUUCAACGGAUAAGGAUAUGUUGGAUGCCAAAUAUUGGGAGAUCAGCAUGUACAAGACUGCUUUAGAAGGGAGAAAAGGGGAAUUGACUGAGGGUGAGGCUGAAAGAGAUGAUGACUUGGAAGUUCAGAUUGGUAAUAAGUUGAGACGGGAUGCUUUCUUGGUGUUUAGAGCACUUUGUAAGCUCUCAAUGAAGACACCUCCCAAGGAGGUCUUGAAUGAUCUACAGUUGAUGCGGGGAAAAAUUGUAGCACUGGAGCUGCUGAAGAUACUGCUAGAGAACGCUGGAGCUAUCUUUAGAACCAGUGAGAGGUUUUUAGGUGCUAUUAAGCAAUACUUAUGCUUAUCAUUGUUGAAGAACAGUGCAUCAAACCUUGUGAUUAUUUUUCAACUUUCUUGCUCCAUUUUCAUUAGUUUGGUAUCAAGAUUUAGAGCUGGAUUGAAGGCAGAGAUUGGAGUAUUCUUUCCUAUGAUUGUUCUAAGAGUUUUGGAAAAUAUUGUUCAGCCUAAUUUUCAGCAAAAGAUGAUAGUGCUUCGGUUUCUAGACAAGCUAUGCAUUGAUUCCCAGAUAUUGGUGGAUAUUUUCAUUAAUUAUGAUUGUGAUGUCAAUUCAUCAAAUAUAUUUGAGAGGAUGGUAAAUGGACUUCUCAAAACUGCUCAAGGUGUCCCUCCUGGUGCUGCCACUACCCUACUGCCACCUCAGGAUGCCACCAUGAAACUUGAAGCAAUGAAGUGCUUAGUGGCAAUUUUGCGUUCAAUGGGAGAUUGGAUGGACAAACAAUUGCGAAUUCCAGAUCCUCACUCUCCUAAUAAAAUAGAAACAACUGAGAAUGGUCCAGAAUCUGGAAGUCUUCCUGUGGCAAAUGGGAAUGGGGAAGAGCCUGCUGAAGGUCCAGAUUCUCAUUCUGAGGCAUCCAAUGAAUUUUCUGAUGUAUCAACAAUUGAGCAGCGUCGGGCAUACAAGCUUGAAUUUCAGGAAGGUAUAUCUCUUUUUAAUAGGAAACCUAAGAAAGGCAUUGAUUUCCUUAUCAAUGCAAAGAAGGUAGGGGACUCACCAGAGGAGAUUGCGGAUUUUCUUAGAAAUACAUCUGGUUUGAACAAGACCCAGAUUGGUGAUUAUCUAGGAGAGAGGGAGGAGUUACCAUUAAAAGUCAUGCAUGCAUACGUGGAUUCAUUUGAUUUUGAAGGAAUGGAGUUUGAUGAAGCAAUCAGGGCUUUUCUACAAGGCUUUAGGUUGCCAGGUGAAGCACAGAAGAUUGACCGUAUCAUGGAAAAAUUUGCUGAACGCUAUUGCAAGUGUAACCCAAAAGCUUUCACUAGUGCAGACACUGCAUAUGUCCUUGCCUAUUCUGUAAUAAUGCUCAACACUGAUGCCCACAACCCCAUGGUUAAAAACAAGAUGUCACCAGAUGACUUUAUAAGGAACAAUCGUGGCAUAGAUGAUGGAAAAGAUUUACCUGAAGAGUACUUGAGAUCUUUGUUUGAACGGAUUUCAAGGAAUGAGAUUAAAAUGAAAGAGGAUGACUUGGCUCCCCAACAAAAGCAGUCUGUAAACUCAAAUAGACUUUUAGGCCUAGAUGGUAUUUUGAAUAUUGUGGUCCGUAAGCGAGGAGAUGAAAAUAACAUGGAGACCAGUGAUGAUCUCAUGAGGCACAUGCAACAACAAUUCAAGGAAAAAGCUCGUAAAUCUGAGUCAGUUUACUAUGCAGCAACAGAUGUUGUAAUACUGAGAUUCAUGAUUGAGGUCUGUUGGGCUCCUAUGUUGGCUGCCUUCAGUGUCCCUCUUGACCAAAGUGAUGAUGAAGUAAUAAUUGCGCAGUGUCUUGAAGGAUUCCGUUAUGCAAUCCAUGUUACUGCAGUGAUAUCCAUGAAGACUCACAGAGAUGCUUUUGUUACUUCACUAGCAAAGUUCACUUCCCUCCACUCAGCUGCAGAUAUCAAACAGAAAAACAUUGAUGCGAUCAAGGCAAUUAUUACGAUUGCUGAUGAAGAUGGCAAUUAUUUGCAAGAAGCCUGGGAGCAUAUUUUGACAUGUGUUUCACGAUUUGAGCAUUUGCAUCUCUUGGGAGAGGGAGCUCCUCCUGAUGCGGCUUUCUUUGCAGUACCUCAGAAUGAUUUAGAAAAUUCAAAGCAAUUGAAGUCAACCAUCCUUCCUGUAUUGAAAAAGAAAGAACAUGGCCGUAUUCAAUAUGCUGCUGCAGCUGUUCGAAGGGGUUCAUAUGAUAGUGCUGGUGUUGGUGGCCAUGCUUCGGGGGUCAUUACAUCUGAACAGAUGAACAAUUUAGUGUCCAACUUGAACAUGUUGGAGCAAGUUGGAAGCUCUGAAAUGAAUCGCAUAUUCACAAGAAGUCAAAGAUUGAAUAGUGAGGCAAUAGUUGAUUUUGUUAAAUCUCUUUGCAAGGUUUCUAUAGAAGAGUUGCGAUCUACAUCUGAUCCACGUGUUUUUAGCCUUACGAAAAUUGUUGAGAUUGCGCACUACAACAUGAAUCGAAUCAGGCUUGUAUGGUCAAGGAUCUGGCAUGUGCUCUCUGAUUUCUUUGUAACCAUUGGUUGUUCCGAAAAUCUCUCAAUUGCAAUUUUUGCAAUGGAUUCCUUACGCCAGUUGGCAAUGAAAUUUUUAGAACGAGAAGAGUUGGCUAAUUAUAAUUUCCAGAAUGAGUUCAUGAAACCUUUUAUCAUUGUCAUGCGCAAGAGCAGUGCUGUUGAAAUCAGGGAAUUGAUUAUCAGAUGUGUUUCACAAAUGGUUUUAUCCCGUGUUAAUAAUGUGAAGUCGGGUUGGAAAAGCAUGUUCAUGGUUUUCACAACUGCAGCUUAUGAUGACCACAAGAAUAUUGUGCUUUUGGCCUUUGAGAUAAUUGAGAAGAUUGUGCGAGAUUACUUCCCCUACAUAACUGAAACUGAAACGACUACUUUUACAGAUUGUGUGAACUGUUUGAUUGCAUUUACUAAUAGCAGGUUCAACAAAGACAUUAGUCUCAAUGCAAUUGCUUUCCUUCGGUUCUGUGCUGUGAAACUUGCCGAAGGAGAUCUUGGUUCCUCAUCAAGGAAUAAGGAGAGGGAAUCUUCUGUAAAAAUUUCUCCAUCUUCACCCAAAAUGGGCAAAGAUGGAAAACAAGAAAGUGCGGAGAUCAUUGAUAAGGAUGACCAUCUCUAUUUCUGGUUCCCAUUGUUGGCUGGAUUAUCAGAACUUAGCUUUGAUCCAAGGUCUGAUAUCAGACAAAGUGCCUUGCAAGUUUUGUUUGAUACUUUAUGCAACCAUGGGCAUCUUUUCUCCUUGCCUUUGUGGGAGCGAGUAGUUGAUUCAGUCCUUUUCCCCUUGUUUGAUUAUGUCCGUCAUGCUAUUGAUCCUUCUGAUAGAAACUUACAAGGCCAGGGAGAUGAAGGUGAUCCAACUGAGCUUGAUCAGGAUUCAUGGCUUUAUGAAACAUGUACAUUGGCCCUCCAACUGGUUGUAGAUCUCUUUGUAAAAUUUUAUGGUACUGUCAAUCCACUAUUGUGGAAAGUGCUAAUGUUGCUGGUAAGUUUCAUUAAGCGUCCCCACCAAAGCCUAGCUGGAAUUGGAAUUGCUGCUUUUGUUCGGCUAAUGAGCAGUGCUGGGGCUCUGUUUUCUGAGGAUAAAUGGCUAGAAGUAGUUUUGUCAUUGAAAGAAGCAGCUAAUUCAACACUUCCUGAUUUUUCACACAUCAUUGAUGAAAAUGAUGUGGUAAGUGACCAUGAAGAGCCUUCAAUUGGAGAAAGUAAUGGGGAAUCUGCUGGAUCUGUUCAGCCUGAUGAUAUUGGGAGCCAGAGAAAACAGAGCAUUUAUUCUGCAAUUUCAGAUGCCAGGUGUCGUACUGCUGUACAGCUUCUUUUGGUUCAGGCUAUGAUGGAGAUCUAUGGCAUGUAUAGGACUCAACUUUCAGUAAAGAACACUUUAGUGCUAUUUGAAUCAUUACACAAUGUGGCUUCUCAUGCUCACAAAAUAAACAGUGACAAUGACCUGCGGUCAAAGCUACAGGAGCUUAGCUCCAUGACACAGAUGCAGGACCCUCCAUUGUUGCGUCUUGAGAAUGAGUCCUAUCAAAUCUGCCUCACAUUGUUACAGAAUCUCAUGGCUGACAAGCCUCUUGGUUAUGAUGAGGAUGAAGUGGAAGCUCACCUCAUUGAUCUAUGCAAGGAGGUCCUGCAGUCUUACCUUGAUACAGCACACUCAGGGCGAUUGCCUGAGCCAUCUGCUGAUGGUCAAUCAAGGCCCUGCUGGCUGAUUCCUCUUGGUUCUGCAAGGAGAGAGUUGGCAGCACGUGCACCACUCAUUGUGGCAAUCCUCCAGGCUAUCUGUGGGUUGGAUGACAUCUCAUUUGAGAAAAACCUGGCUGGCUUCUUCCCCCUAUUAUCAGGGUUGAUAGGUUGUGAACAUGGGUCAAGUGAAGUUCAACUGGCUUUGAGCGACAUGCUCAGAUCAUCAGUCGGACCAGUUUUUUUUCGAUCUUGCUAAGUGGGGCAAGGUCCGAUUUUUUUUUUUUUUUUUUUUUUACUUAGAGAUGUAUGAUAUAUAUAUAUAUAUAUUUUUUUUUUCUCCAAUCUCCAAUCAUUUGUAGUUUCCAUUUGAUUUUUGGUUAUAGUCAUUAAGUGUAGGUUGCUAGUCUAUGAAAAGUUAAGCUAUGGUUUUGAUUUGCCGACUUGCAGAGUGCUUAUGAACAUCUUGUGCACAAGUUCUCUAUACAGCGUUGUAGAUGUAAGGAGUCGUCUUGAUGUUGUA